AUGCCCGUAAAUCCUGAAACAUUUAUCAUCUCUUGGAUUCUACCAAUCAACAAUAAACAGUACAAGAUACAGUUGGAACAAGCGUUCGUCACCAAUGAGAUUCAUAUUCGUGUUGAUCAGAAGGAAGUCUACGAACACCUUUGUGACGUGACCAACUACUUCAGGCCACCGGACAGAAAUUAUUUCAAGAUCGAUGGUAUCCAAUGUUGCGUAAUUAUUGAAGAGCCAUCUUUUGGAGUCUAUAAACACAGUCUGGUAGUUGGAGGGAAGGCAUUCCGAGAGAUUAAAGAAGAGCAUUAUACGAAAUAUGACACGUGGAAACCAGUUAUUAGCGGGAAGGAAUAUUUGGUGGUUAUGGAGAAACACGCGAUGAAUACAUGGGUUGAUGGAAACCAAAUUGAUCUAUCGAGACAAUUCACUGACCACGGAACUGUUGCUAUCUUCCAUCUUAAUGGAACCCCUUGCAAGAUACUGACGGAGUGUAUCAUUGGAGGUGCCAGUGGAAUGAAACACUCAUUUUUUGUCAACAAUAACACAGAAGUCUCAUUGUUUGAAGAUUCUGGAGAAGUGGAGUUCACAAUGGACACAAAUACAGUGAUUGAAGGGAGAAAGAAGGAAACAAAAAAUAAUUGGAAGAAGAUUUGGAAGAGAAAUCGAUAA